AUGAGGCUCUAUGAGGGACGAACCAGAUCUUUCCAGGCUCCUGUCACUGUCCAUAAUUAUCCCAGCAGCCACGUUUAUGUGUUUAGAAAUGGCCGAUCAGAUCCAGAUGAGUCAUCAGAGGAGGAAUCUGAAUUCAUGGAAUUACGUCCAAGGGGCAAGGAGCAGCAGAGAAGCAAUUCUUCCCAAGAGAGAGCUGGGGAUGUGGUGCUACUGGAACGAGAGCUCACCGAGGGCGAUAACCUUAACAAGCUAGCCCUGCAGUAUGGGUGUAAAGUUGCAGAUAUCAAACGUGUCAACAACUUCAUCUGUGAGCAGGACUUGUAUGCUCUGAAGUCUAUCAAGAUUCCAGUCAAGGCCCACGGGGUGUUAACGGAGACCAGCAAAGAGUUAAAACCUCCUCAGAAUGCUCCUUCCCAGGCUGGAAUGACACUGAUUGAACUACCAGAGCCUGAUGAUGGAGCCACCAGCAGCAACUAUAGUGAAAGCAGAUACCUGACUGACUACUUUAAGGGGAUUGACCAGACCAUUGAGGAUGUAGUGCAAUCCAAAGUCCAUUUAAAUGCAGAUUAUUGCAUAGAAGCACCAAACUGCCCACCAUCAGGUUCAGGGGGGCAAAAGAAGCCCAAUAAUGGUGCAGACUGUGGAAUCCAGUGGUGGAAUGCAGUUUUUAUCAUGCUCCUGAUAGGAAUAGUCUUGCCAGUAUUUUAUAUUGUCUAUUUUAAAACACAACAGACUGGGGCAGCAGCCCAUACCUCAAACACAACCUUUACCUUGAAUAGCUCAGCUCAUGAAUUGGGGGGGAAAUUGUCACAGCACCUACCAGUCGUGGAAACCCCCAAAGCGAAGAUACAGCCCAGUACUGCCUCACCGCCCAACACUGAUACCCAUAAACCAGUAACUCUGACCCUACUGGAUUCAGGUGGCUAA